GUCCGCCGAGCCAUGUCGUUGAGCCCCAAGCACACGACGCCCUUCUCCGUGUCCGACAUCCUGAGCCCCAUCGAGGAGACCUACAAGAAGUUCGGCGGCGCCAUGGACGGCGCGCCGCCCGGCCUGGGGGCGCCCCUGGGGGCCGCGGCCGCCGCCGCCUACCGCGCGCCGCCGCUCGGCCCCUCCUCGCAGGCGGCGGCGGUGGCGGGCAUGCAGCCGCCGCACGCCAUGGCGGGCCACAACGCGGCGGCAGCGGCGGCGGCGGCGGCGGCCGCGGCCGCGGCGGCCGCCACCUACCACAUGCCGCCGGGCGUCUCGCAGUUCCCGCACGGCGCCAUGGGCGGCUACUGCAACGGCGGCCUGGGCAACGUGGGCGAGCUGCCCGCCUACACCGACGGCAUGCGGGGCGGCGCGGCCGCCGCGGCCACCGGCUGGUACGGCGCCAACCCGGACCCGCGCUACUCGUCAAUCUCCAGGUUCAUGGGGCCAUCCGCGGGCGUGAACGUGGCCGGCAUGGGGUCGCUGACGGGCAUCGCGGACGCAGCCAAGACCUUGGCGCCGUUGCACGCGGCGGCGGCGGCGCCGCGAAGGAAGCGCCGCGUGCUCUUCUCGCAAGCGCAGGUCUAUGAGCUGGAGCGGCGCUUCAAGCAGCAGAAGUACCUGUCGGCGCCCGAGCGCGAGCACCUGGCCAGCAUGAUCCACCUGACGCCCACGCAGGUCAAGAUCUGGUUCCAGAACCACCGCUACAAGAUGAAGCGGCAGGCCAAGGACAAGGCGGCGCAGCAGCUGCAGCAGGAGGGCGGCCUGGGGCCGCCACCGCCGCCGCCACCGUCCCCGCGCCGCGUGGCGGUGCCCGUGCUGGUCAAGGACGGCAAGCCGUGCCAGAACGGUGCCGGCACUCCGACACCCGGCCAGGCCGGACCGCAGCCGCCGGCCCCGACGCCGGCGCCCGAGCUCGAAGAGCUGUCGCCCAGCCCGCCAGCGCUGCACGGCCCGGGAGGCGGUCUGGCGGCCCUGGACGCGGCGGCAGGGGACUACGGCGGCGGCGUGCUCGGCGCCAACCUGCUCUAUGGCAGGACGUGGUGA